AUGAAUGCACAGAUGUUAGGGCGGAACCUGAAGUUGUUUUGGACGCAUUAGCUCCUACUUCAAACACUCAAGUCCAAGUGGAUCGGUCUGAUUUCCCACCAACCACCCCCCCACCCCGCCAAAUAUUCUCACCCCCAACUCCCUCCUCCCCCAAUCCAACAUUGUGCCCGUCAGCUGAAAACUCGGGAGGAAUCGGAGUAGAUCGAUUCGAGGAUCAAGUUGUUUUACAGAACAGACAAGGAACCAUUCUGCGCCAGCUAAAGUUUUAACUUCAAAAUCGAUGUCAGGAGCAAAGCAACAUUCUGGAGAGAAAGAGGUGUCAAUAAUGGUCUGCGACUCACCGAUUCUGGGCCAGUAAUUCGCCGUCUCCUGGGGGCGGGGAGGGGGCACAUUGGAGUGCGGACUGAAACCCUCCCUGAAGUUUGAGUUGAGGCGCUGCACCGGCGAGUUCUCUCAUUUCGCGGGUAAGAGCUGAGAGGCCUCCCGGCCGCUGAGACCAUGCGAGAGCUGACAGGCUGAGCAGGAACCGGCCAGCAGCAGAAGGCGGCGUUCGGAAGCGUGCAGUCCGGCAAAUGAGCGAGAGCAGCCUCCCUGUCAAAGCAGAAUUGAUCAUAGCUACAGGGCUCAGAGCACCAGACAGAGAGGGGGAGGUAGGGAGGGAGGCAAAACACGGAACAAAAGUUCAGGAAGUGUCCCAACAGUAAAUUCAGACUUUUUUCUUCUCUCUCUGCUCUCGUUUGGAUCAACUUAUAUUUGAUCAACUACCUUCUUUAUAUAAAAGGGGGUCUUGUUAUGAAGGAAGCAUUGUUUGUAGCUGGUGUUUAAGGGCACAAAUCCUGUACAGACAGGGUGAGAGUUGGAUAGAGGUGGUGGAGAUACAAUUGUGUGGAGUAAUAUUACUGAAUAACAUUAACAGAAGUGCGCGGCACAGAAACAGAGAAAAGGAGACACACACACACAGACAGACACACACAGACAGACCCUCCUCUUCCCGUGCGCGACAUUCACUUCCUCAAAGGUGGAACGAAUCAAACAGGAGCCGGGCAUCAACUCCCAACCGAGAGAGGAAAAAAAACAGAAACCAACAUUAUUAGUGCAACCGGAACGUGAAGUCCUGGGUUUGUCUGUUUUUUUUAAAAAGGAAAACAAAGACAGUAAAUGUUAAGUUUAUUGAGAGAGAUCUUCAGUCACUUGGCGCCUCCUUCUCUCGAGUAAUAACGCCAAAUUCUGCCCAGCUUCCUGCAAAUUGAAAAGUUUGUUAUAGACACUGUAAAACCGCCUCGCCAAAACACUGGGGAAGUGGAACAUUUAAACACGAAUAAAACUCCCCGAGAAGCCUGCUGCUCCGAAACGUUAACUUUUUAAAAUAGACACAAAUACAUUCGGAAUGCUGUGGUUCUGAGAGUUUGGACACAUCGCGGAACAUUAGGAGGACGAGGGGGGUAGAAAAACCCUCUUCUGUUAACUUGUGGCGGAGUAACAGCUUAAUCUCGGUCUGGAGAAUUGGUAUUAGCAAAGAACAAGGGAGAAAAGAUAUUCACAAUCAGGCGGUGCUCCUCUUUGCAGACAUUGUGGCAAAUUCGGAUUGCAACGAUAAGUUCACUUUUCAUCAUUGUUGCUGCUGCUGUACUGUUAUUCAAACAAAAACUGAGCGUGAACUGUGAGGACAUUGCAAUGUACUGGAGAGAGGAAGAGGAUUUAUCACUGAAUGCUGUUCGAUAGCUCUGUGGAUCAGUUAAGAGUGUCUUGCUCUGUGGAUAUUCUGUAUUUCCCCGGAGCCCACCCGAGAGUUUACUCUCACCCACCGCCCCCCGCCCCCAUUAAUGAUAAUAAUUAUGGGGAACUAGUUCAUCGCUCUCUCACUCAAGUGUGUGUGAUGUGCGUUAUCUGUCUGCCUUCUGCAUUGAUGUAAAUGCUGAAAGUGGGCAGAGUGAGAGAGAGAGAGAUACAAGAAGCGGCAGUGAUACAAAGUAACUGGAGUGUGUGUGUCUGUCUAUCUAAUGCAUAUGAUGCAGUGACUGAAACCCUUCUCACUCUCGCUUAUAUCUCCGCUCGCUGAGGAGGUUUAGCGGAACAGCUUAUUGACAACAGCACCCCCCCAUCCCCGCCCCCUCGCCCAAACCUCAUCAACACAGAGACAGAGAGAAAAAAAAGACCUCCCCCGCACCCCUCACCUAUUUGAACAGCUUCAACUCUUCUCACCCCCCCUUCCCCCCUCCCCUAAAAAAAUACACCCACACACACACACACACAGUUCAGGAAAAGAAAGAAUCAAUGACUACACUUUCGCCUCCUGCCUUAUUCUGGUCUGUAUGAGAACACCGAGAAGCAAACUAGUAACUCCGGAAACUCCUGGCCGGCAGCAGAAGCGGACGGCAGUAUGCCGAGGAGGAAACAACAAGCACCCCGGCGCUCGGCAGCGUACGUGCCCGAGGAAGAGCUGAAGGCAGCAGAGCUCAACCAAGAUCUUCAGGAUAAAGAAUUGCCACCAGGGAGUGACCAGGAGCAUGAGUUUGUGUGUGCUGACGAAGACGAGAGUAAAGAAGUGCCCAGUUACCAGAAUUCACCUGUCAGCACACCAACCAACCCAGAGCCGGGCUAUGGGUCACCCGCGAGUGACACCAGUGAUCAGCUAGCUGAGUCCCAGAGCACAUCAUCUAAAGAUGGGCAGGAGAAAGAGGAGGGGUUGGGCAUGGACAGCCUGCAUGUCUCACGGGACAGCCUGGCACAGAUGAAAGCUGCCUACUCCAACUUUCUGAGCAGCUCCUACUGGACGAGCCUGGGCCUGGACCUGAAGAACGCCAACCAGCCGAGUGCCAGCACCAGCAGCAACGGCAGCAGCAGCCACAGUGGCAACGGUGGUGGCGGGGCGGGCUAUGACUGGCACCAGGCCGCCUUGGCUAAAACCCUGCAGCAGACCUCUUAUGGAGUGAUGCCCGAGUCCAGCCUGUUCAGCACGGUGCAGCUGUACCGGCAGCACAGCAAGCUCUUUGGCUCGGUCUUCACCGGGGCCAGCAAGUUCCGGUGUAAGGACUGCAGCUCUGCCUAUGACACCUUGGUGGGCUUGACGGUGCACAUGAACGAGACAGGACACUAUCGCGAUGACAACCAGGACAAGGACGCAAACAACCCCCGUAAAUGGUCAAAGCCUCGGAAGCGUUCCCUCAUGGAGAUGGAGGGUAAGGAGGACGCCCAAAAGGUAUUGAAGUGCAUGUACUGUGGACAUUCCUUUGAGUCCUUGCAGGACCUCAGUGUCCACAUGAUCAAGACCAAGCAUUACCAGAAAGUGCCUCUCAAAGAGCCAGUGCCCGCCCUUGCCUCUAAGCUGCUCCCGCCCAACAAGCGGAGAGUCCAGCACGACACUCAGCCUUGCUCACCAGAGUCCACUGCCAAUUCCCUGGGAGUGCCGGCCAGCGAAUCGGCUUCUGCGCAGAAAGCUGCCAAUCCCUACGUCACUCCCAACAACCGCUAUGGCUACCAGAAUGGUGCCAGCUACACCUGGCAGUUUGAGGCUCGGAAAGCGCAGAUACUGAAGUGCAUGGAGUGUGGUAGCUCCCACGAUACACUGCAGCAGCUGACCGCCCACAUGAUGGUGACUGGCCAUUUCCUGAAAGUCACCAACUCCGCCUCCAAAAAGGGGAAGCAACUGGUUUUUGACGCAGUGGGUGAGGAGAAAGUCCAGUCUAUCCCCUUGCCGCCUUCAACUCCCACCCGGAUGGCAGCGCCCACCUCCCAGACCAAGCCCGAAACACCACCUUCACCAGUUAUCGAGCCCAGGAAGGAGCUUGAGGAGGAGGAGGAGGAGGAGCCACUGGAACAGCAUGAAAAGGAACGAGAAAUAAAGGAAGAGAGAGAUGACCCCACUGAAAAGUUUGAGUCCACCUCACAAUAUCAAUAUCUCCGAGAAGAAGACCUGGAUGAAAGUCCUAAAGGUGGGAUUGAUAUUCUCAAGUCCUUAGAGAACACAGUCACAACAGCCAUUAACAAAGCCCAGAAUGGGGCACCUACCUGGGGUGGCUACUCCAGCAUUCAUGCAGCAUAUCAGCUUUCAGGGACCAUACGACCCUUUCAGCCAACGGUGCAAAAUGUUCAGUUGACCCCAUUCUAUGCUAAUAGCGUCAAGACCUUGUCUUCAGAGCAUCUGACUGCAGUGGAGUCUUCAGAGUGCCAUUCGCCACCACCUCAAAAGAGCAAUGUCCACGCAAUGGAGGAACUUGUGGAGAAGGUGACGGGUAAAAUGACCAUUAAGUCAGAGGAGAAACCAGUAGAGAAAGAGCCAGUGGUUACACCGGUGACCAGGACAAGCUGUAGCUCAUCACCUCCCAGCGCUAAGGAUCCUCCCAAAGCUGAAGACUUUGACGGAACAGCACAACUGAAGAGAAGUGCUGAUGAGGAGGAAGUGAAAGUGAAAAAGGAGAUCAAUUUAGAAAGUUCUUCUCCUAAUGGGACUGAAUGUUUGAAAUCAACUGUUAGCAAUGGCUGUAACAGUAUGGCAAUUAUUACUGACCAUUCACCGGAGUCACCAUUUGUCAAUCCACUUAGUGCACUACAGUCAAUUAUGAACACACACUUGGGCAAGGCUGCCAAGCCAUUGAGCCCUAGCCUUGACCCACUGGCCAUGUUGUACAAAAUAAGCAACAGUGUGUUAGACAAGCCCAUAUUCCCUGCCACUCAGGUCAAACAAGCAGAUAUUGUAGAUCGAUACUACUAUGAAAACAAUGACCAGCCCAUAGACUUAACAAAGUCCAAAAGCAGCAAAAAGCUUAUUUCAGCCAUGACAGAAACAAUACUGUCCUCCUCAAGGGAAAACGCUUUAUUAGACAUAUCUGACAUGGUCAAGAACCUCACAGGCCGGUUGACACCCAAGUCUUCAACCCCGUCAACUGUUUCGGAAAAGUCUGAAGCAGAUGUGAGCAGUUUUGAGGAUACCUUAGAGGAGAUCUCUCCAGUGCAGAAGAGGAAGGGCAGGCAAUCUAACUGGAACCCUCAGCACCUUUUGAUACUCCAAGCUCAGUUUGCAGCCAGCUUGCGCGAGUCCUCUGAAGGCAAAUACAUUAUGUCAGACCUGAACCUACAUGAACGGGUGCACAUUUCAAAGUUUACUGGUCUUUCCAUGACCACGAUAAGCCAUUGGCUGGCCAAUGUAAAGUAUCAAUUGAGAAGGACAGGUGGAACUAAAUUCCUGAAGAACUUAGAUACAGGUCACCCAGUUUUCUUCUGUAAUGAUUGUGCCUCUCAGUUUAGGACUCCUUCCAGCUACAUAGGACAUUUGGAAUCUCACUUAGGAUUUUCUAUGAAGGAUCUCUCGAAGUUAUCAAUAGAGCAGAUUCGAGAGCAGCAGGCAAUUUCAAAGGUCAUACCAAAUAAGACACUGAGUUCAGUUGGGUUAUCAGAGGAGGACAUCAGCUGUACAUUCCAGUGUAAAAUGUGCAACCGGACUUUUGCAAGCAAACAUGCGGUCAAACUGCACCUUAGCAAAACACAUGGCAAAUCUCCAGAGGACCAUCUGUUAUAUGUAACUGAAUUUGAAAAACAAUAGUACCCAGGUAAGGAGAUGUGUAACUAAGCAUGUACUGAUAAACACAGAGCAUAACAAACGCACUCCGGGAUGAAUGUAAUGAACAUUUCCUCAUAUGUCUAGACAGUGUAUACUUAUUUGUCAUUUUUUGCUGUUAACACUCCCUAACAAGUAAUCUCCAGAGAAUUAAGAUCACCACUGAAUGCAUUGCUACAAUAAUUUAUCUUAUCAUGUAUUGUCAGGCAGUCACACAGUUUCAAAUUCAGAAUUUUAUUUUGUUUCAGGCAAGCACCUAUUUAAUUGUACAUUUGGAAGGAGGAAUUUAAGGUUGUGGCUUGGCUAACUAAAGAAAGCACAUUAAUAACAAAAUGGAAUGAUGUCUUUGCAAUUUGACCCAUUAUCGUUUGAACUUUGAACUGGAAGCAAUUACUGCCAACAUAAUUCCAUAAUAACAACUGC